AUGAUUGAUUUACCAGAUGACCAUUAUGAUCCUUUAGAUAGAGCUUUAAUUUUGCGUAGUGAUAUUACAAAUAUUAAAAAAGAUGAUGACAAUAAUGCUCUCAAUGAUUUUAAUAAUAUUUCUAAUGUUGAAGUUCAUAAUAAUAUCGAUGCUCUCAGUGAUAAUGAUACUUUUAACAGUGACGAUAAUAUUUCUAGUAAUGUUGAUGAAUUUGUAAAUCAUGAUUAUACCAUUACGCCUUCAAGUACAUUAACAAAAACCAAUAAUCAGAUUCAAAAAGACACUAUUUCAAAUAGAACAGCAUCUUUAGAAUCAAUAACUGUGUCUAAUUCAAAAGAAAACAGUCCUAUUUACUAUAACCCUAC